UCAGUUUAUUUUUCCAAUUUGAUUCCAAAAUGUAAAAAAGUAUCUGUGUGCUGACGUCAAUACUUUUGUUUAUACAAAGUAGUACACUUGUUAAUGCAACCAAGGUUAAUAUUAAUGACAUCAACUCAAUCUAUGGCUACUUCGACAAAAUUGCAAGUAAAGCUAUCGACGAUUAUGAAAUAGAUUUACGAUUGACUACCAAAGUGAAUAAAAGAAUACUGAAAAUCGUGUUCGAUGACAAAAAUAGAGUUUUCAAUUAAUUGUCCAACAUUUCAAAGAAUUUGAAAUACUAUCACAGCAACAAAAAUUGGACACGUGUCAUGCGGUUGAUGGGAAAUCAUGAGUAUCAAAAGAUCACGACUUUCGACUUAUAUGAUUUGUUUUCGCGAGAGAUCGAACUAUCAGAAUUGCGUAGAAGAAUAGAAGCGGCGAUGAAUGCUUUUAAAUUUUUUGGUAGACUGGAGGAAUUUGAUAAUGCUGAGAAUUUUUGCGCAGAGGUAUAUCCAGUUGCUAAUUUUUUCUUGGAGCCCUUACACCGUGAAUCGCUGUUUGAAAUAUACUCCGAUUUCAUGAAGAUGGUCAGGCAUCGAAUUAUUGCCAUCAAGAAAAAGACCCCAAACAUAGCAAUUUUACUGCAAGCAUCUUUUCAUGAUUAUUAUCAACUGAUGAUGAUAGUCCAAAUGAAGUUGAUUGCUUUGAAAUUUUUCAAUUCUCUUACGGAACGGUGGUGUAGAAAUGAAGGCUACCAUGUCAACGGUUUAUAUUACUCAUAUUGGCCGCGAUUCGCAUUUAAGGAGACCAAAAAAAUAAUGGAAGAAACAUUGAAGGCUCUGAAGAGUCUCAAUUGCUAUGCAGAUUAUUGUGAAGUAGGUCCACAAUACCAAGGAGAUAUUAAAUUGAAGUGAUGGAUUCAAAAAAUCAUAGUAAAUGAAAGCAGUCUAAGUUCUUCGGGAUCAUGCCAUCAUAAUUGUGAUCUCAAAAUGAUUGAUGAAGAAAGAAUUGGUAAUGGUGAAUGCCAAGAAUAUCGUGACUGUCAAUAUUUGGUAGGGGAGAUCGAGAUCUGUCAACUG